CAGCAUUCAGCUGCAGUGGCUCAUAUCAGUAAGCUGUAAACAUCUGUCAGAAUCCAUUCACCAGGAUGAAGAAGAAACUCAUCAUUGAUGUGGACACUGGGGUGGAUGACGCUAUGGCCAUCAUGGUGGCCCUUGCCAACCCUGAUGUGGAGAUUUUGGGGAUCACCUGCUGCCAUGGCAACACACCCCUGGAGAAAGUCCUCAAGAACACGCUGCGUGUCCUGAAAAUCUGCAAUAGGCUGGAUAUUCCAGUGUAUCAUGGCUGCUCAAAGCCUCUGCUGGCCCGCAAACAGCAUGCGGGUGAUUACCACGGGAAAGACGGGCUGGGGGAUGUCCCGGAUCCAGAUGCUCCAGGCUUGGAUCUGCUGCAGAAGAAGAAAGCUGUGCAGGCCAUGAUCAAGCUUGUGAAAGACAAUGCUGGAGAGGUGAUCCUCGUAGCCACUGCCCCCCUCACUAACCUGGCUGUCGCAGUGCAGUUGGACCCUUCCUUGCCAAAAAAGCUUAAGGCGCUCUACAUCAUGGGGGGGAAACACUGA